UCACAUCUCAUCGGGAUCUGCGAGUUGCGUAGCUUUGUUCGAUGGUAUUUUUUUCGGUCCUGGAAUUGGAGAGGAAACCGCCAUUCUUGUUCCAACUCCUGGACCUUUUUCUUGCCGACACGCAGGGGUUUCUCUCUGAGGUUGAGGGAAAUGGGAGACAAUGCGAAAGAGGGUGAGGAGAAUUUGCCCAAUGGAACUGACUGGGAGGUUGUUUCUCUUACUGCAUCCACAUAUGCUGCUGCACCUGGUCCCAAACCUUUUGAGCCCACAGAUGAGGGUAUAAAUAAGGACUUUGACAAAAAUGAGCAAGGAUUUCCUGACACUAUGUUCAUGUCCAGACACUUUAUUUUCCCACCUGGCAAGACUGAGAAUCUUCCAGUAGAACCGGACUACAUUGAAAUUCACAACAAAUUCAAGGGCCAAGAUGCAAGCCUUGUUGAGGAAGAUGAUAAUGGACCCAAAAAUGCCCCUGAAGAAAGUUGCAUGAGUAAAUCUGAUGACAGCCUACAUGGAAUUCAGUUCUUUGAUAAUGGAAAGAGUCUCUCUGUUGGUGAUAUGGAGUUUGGGGAAGGCAAGGGAUUGCAACGGUUAAGCUUGCAUGGUGAAGAAUCAGCCAUAUUUAAUGCUUACCAUGCUGAAUCAGAUAUAAGCAGCUCGAUUCUAUGUAGUGAGAACAAUGAAAUUGCCAAGCACAAUGAUCUUUCUUGCCAAAAUUCAGAUUCUCCUUCGGAUUUUACAAAUGCUUCAGAGUUGAAUGAAGAAAACAAAAAGGAUGCCUCUCGCCUUCCAUGUGAAGCAUGGUGGAAAAGGAAGGCAGUACUUUUGUAUAAUCAUGCAAAGGAAGGGAAUGCAUUUUGGUCUGUCUUUGUGGCUGCUGCUCUAAUGGGGCUUGUGAUUUUGGGGCAGCGUUGGCAGAGAGAAAAGUUGCAGAUUCAGCAACUUAAAUUACAGUUUAGAACCAACAAUGAGGGUAUUAGCUGGACAGUGGGACCAAUUAGCCAGUUUAAAGGCAUUCUGGUAGGUGAACAUCAAUGCAAUCCACUGACCUGCGGUGAUGCUGUAUUCAACCGUUGAGAUUUUUGUUGAUGAUGAUAAUGAUGUUGACGAAGAAUGGUAGUGGGGUGAAGAGGGCCGAGGGUUUGCAGAGAGGUUUGGGAAUGUAAAUUACUACUGUGACUCUGGUAAAAAUGCUGGGACUGUUAGAUGUGAUUGGCUGUUCAGAUGGUGUUGGUGCAUUCCGUGUGUUGACAUGAACUCUUAAGUAGUAUUAUACAUAUAAAUAUGAGAAAGUUGUAUAUAUAAAAAUUUAAUAAUCCAGUCCCAGUUGGCUUAUGC